CAGCUGUUUAUCAAAACAAUACUAAAAACGUGCUACUUUUUUUGUGUUUCUAAUUAAUUGGUUUACAUACAGUAAUUUUAACAGCUUAAAAAUGCCACAAGGAAAAUUCAAGAAAGCCAAGUUGCCUGCUGCUAUUCAAAAUAAGAAGAAACAGCAAAAACAAGCAGCAUUUACGCGUAGAUCAAAUGCGCCAAUACAAGCCAAGAAAGGGAAAUUUAAUGAAACACAAAAAAUCAAGGCGGUCAUUUCCAAAUCAGUCAACAAAAGCGUCGAAAGCGAGCUCCGUUCGCGUGCCCAUGAAGGCUACAUUCAGUUGAGCAAAGCCCAAGAAGCUGUGGCCAAACACCAUGCUACAAAGGCGGCGGCAGCAGCAGCGGCGAGCACAAGCAAAACCAUAGAAUAGGCUUAACUACUUCUUAAUAGUUUAUAAGCGAAUUGAUUAAAGGCUGUUUAUUUUCACUGUAU